UACUCCAAGCCCAAACAUACCGAUCAUGUUCUGUGACAAGAGUCCUUCAGCGCGCACAUAGUCGCCUCUUGUCCUUUGACCUCACAAGCUUCCAAAAUAGAGGAACAAGCUUGCGCGGACUGGAGUCGGAGCGGCAGUUGUUGACGGCGCACUUUUGCCCGUCAGUCAAAAAACAGGUUCAAGCCUUCAGCGACGGACGUUAUAAAACUUGCGGUGAAGUUUACGCGACGGUGGUGAAGUUUUGUUGGUUCUCCUCGAGCGGAGUGGAACUUUUCUCCUCCUAACUUUCCUUCAGAAGCCCAAACAAGUUCAUGCUGCAGGGCUUACGGGUGCGCUGUGCCUUCCGAAUUUCAAGUGACAACUGGAGAUCCACACAUUUUUCCUGAUUUUUUUCCUUAACCAUUUGGGUGUGAUGAGGUGGGCAGGCGGCCCGCUGCUAGUUCUGCUUUGGGCCUUUACGUCGAGGACCACAGGUCUCCAUAUUCCUUUAGAAGUGGAGCAGCCUCCAACUAUAAUAGACCAUACUGUCGGUCCCAUCAUUGCACUUCCUCUUGACAAUACACUCACUGUCAGAUGUGAAGCCAGGGGUAACCCACCACCAGAAUACAGAUGGGUAAAGGAUGGCCAGGAGCUAAACCUGCCAAACAUCUCGACCGUCAAAACAGAAAACAGAAAUGGGACGUUCAUGUUUCACAACAAGCACUUUGCCCAGUUCAGGGGAAAAUACAGAUGCUUGGCUUUCAACAAACUGGGAACCGCCAUGACGAAGGAGAUCGAAAUCAUAGUUCCCACUUCACCCAAGUUCCCAAAGGAAGUAUUGGAUACGAUUGUCGUUAAGGAGGGAGAGCCAAUUACUCUGAACUGUAACCCACCUGAUGGUGUGGCCCCACGUCAGCUCUAUUGGAUGACUGUUGAUCUGCAGCACAUUGAGCAGGACGAGAGGGUCUCCAUGGGAACCAAUGGCAACCUGUACUUCUCAUACGCCUUACCAAAAGACAGUCGCAAGGAUUACAGCUGCUUCGCCGCCUUCACCAAGAUACGCAUUAUUGUCCAUAAAACCCCCAUGUCCGUCAAGGUGGAGAGAUUGAAUCCGGAGAACAACUCUUCUGAAAGUGACCAUAGCACUCUCCCAUUUCGAGAACCCAGCCUACUGCUGCCCUCUGGAGUCCAGACAACGGAGGUGUUGCUGAAAGGACAGGAUCUGCAACUUGAGUGUAUACCAGGAGGAUAUCCCAUUCCCAGUGUAACAUGGAUGAAAAUGGGAGAAACUAUGCCUGAUCGGAUAAUCCUGGACAGCUUUCAAAAGAAGCUGACCAUCCCUGCUGUGGACGAAAAGGAUCAGGGGACGUACAUGUGUAUGGCAGAAAACCCGGCCGGAAAGAUUGCCCAUUACUUUUACGUGACAGUGGAAGAGCCACCGGCAUGGCUUACAGAGCCUCCUCAGAGCCAGCUGACUGUGAUCGGAUCAGAAGUUCGCAUUGAGUGCUCGGUGACUGGAAAACCAACCCCGGCCAUAACAUGGAGAAAAAAUGGAGAAAUAUUCCGAGAUGACAGAGUGAACAACAGACAAGUGGUUGAUGACACUGUGAUACUUCACAAGGCCGGGCCAGAGGACAGUGGUGUCUAUCAGUGCGAGGCCUCCAACCAGCAUGGCAGUGUUCUCGCCAACAUUAACGUCUUAGUCAUGGAUAUGGCACCUCUCAUGCUGACAAAGGACUACCGAGAGUAUGCAGUGAUAGAAGGAGGGGACAUUAUCAUGAACUGCAGCGUUUUCAGCUCUCCUCCAUCCAGCAUCUCUUGGACCAAAGAGGGGACAGUUAUUGAAGGAGAACGGUUUCAUGUUCUUGAGAAUGGGCAAUUCUUGAAAAUCAUCGGCACGGAAAAAGGUGAUAGUGGGAAAUAUGGCUGCACUGCCAGUAACACGGAAGGCAUGUCCAGUCUUACAGCUCUGCUGGAUGUGAAAGACCCAACAAAAAUCGUGGCUCCACCUCAGGAUGUGCAGAUCAUCAGUGGGACGUUGGCCCGGUUGAUGUGCCGGACAGAAUACGAUAGAAGUCUGCAGGACACCUUUGAGGUAAUCUGGAGGAAGGAUGGGCAGGAGAUCCUUCAUUCUCCAGAGGAAAGUUCCAGACACAUUAGGGAAGGUGACCUGCUGCAGAUCAUGAACGUGAACCUCAGUGAUCAGGGAAUGUAUACUUGCAUUGCACGAACAAGUCUCGAUGAGGAUAAUGCUACUGGCUUUCUAACUGUAUUGGAUGUCCCCGAUGCUCCUAUGAGUUUAAAGAUAUCUGAUCAGGACUCAAGGAAUGUGACUCUGUCCUGGACACCGGGGAGUGAUCACAACAGCUCUGUGACAGAAUUUGUGGUAGAGUAUGAAGAGAGCCACUGGGAGCCCGGCAGGUGGAAGGAGCUGCAGAAAGUUGCCGGUAACCAGGCAACAGCUGAGCUCUUUCUUCACGGAGACCUUAACUAUCAGUUCAGGGUUUAUGCUGUUAAUGCCAUUGGACCUGGACCACCCAGUGAGGCCACUGAGAGACUCAAAACACCCCCUGCUGCUCCGGACAGAAACCCAGAAAACAUCAGAAUUCAUGGCCACCUUCCUCAUGAAAUGGACAUCAGCUGGGACCCGCUGUUACCCACUGAAUACAAUGGUCCGGGACUUGAGUAUAAAGUCUCCUACAGAAAACUGGAGGUGGAAGAUAAAUGGCAGGAGCAUCUGGUCACGAGACCCUCCUUCAUUGUGAGGAACACAUCAACCUUCGCACCCUAUGAAAUCAAAAUUCAGAGCAGGAACAGCCUUGGCUGGGGUCCAGAACCAAAACCGGUAACAGGUUACUCUGGAGAAGAUGUGUUCUUUUGGCACUGUCUGCGGGAAAAUGUGUCAGUUCCCACCGCAGCACCGCGCGAUGUGGCGGUGCAGGUGAUCAACACCACUGUUCUCAGAGUCAGCUGGAGCCCAGUUCUCCCAGCCACAGUGCGAGGUCAUUUAGGCGGGUACAACAUUUACUGGAAGAGAAUAAAAAGUUUCCUGAGUCCAGAUGACCUUUUAGAGGAGAGUGACUCCAUGUCUUUCCCUGGAAAGAGAAAUCAUGUCAUCGUGCCAGGGCUCAAACCUUUCUCGGAGUACAGACUCACAGUCAACGUUUUUAACAAGAAGGGAAAAGGACCAAAGAGUGAUCCGGUCGCUUUUAGUACUCCAGAGGGUGUUCCAGGGAUAGUGCCCAAACUGUUUGCCUCAAACAUUCAGGAGGACUCUGUUCUGCUGGAAUGGGUACCGCCACCGGUGACGAAUGGCUUCCUCACUGGUUAUUUUCUUCAGUAUCACCGCUUAAAUGAGACUUCGCUGGGGGUGAUUGAUUCCUUUGAGCUGAACAUCACUUCGCCUGACGCCACUCAGGUGCAGCUUGGGGGAUUAGUUGGGGGCAGCCCUUUCCGCUUCGACCUCAGCGCAUGCACUCAGGCAGGUUGUGGACCUCCACAGGCCCAGGAGUACAGAACUGCGGUCGCUUCAGGUGUGAGAAGGAGCGAGGCCAGCAUUGCGACUCAGCGCUGGUUCAUUGGGACGCUGUGUGCUGUGGCACUACUCACCCUUGUUGCGGUGAUAGUGUGCUUUGUGACGAAAAACAAAGGUGGCAAAUAUGCAGGUAUGCCGCCACGUCGGCAACAAGACACGGUCUCCAUGGGAAAAGUAAAAGAGAAGGAGGACCUCUUUCCUGACGCAGAGUCUCGAGGAAUGAAUGAGGACACCUAUGAAUACAGUGACAGUGACGAAAAGCCACUGAAGGGAUUUAUCUUGGAUGCCAGAGAUGACACAGUCUGGGACAGCGACAGCAGAGACAGCUUGGUUGAUUACGCAGAAGAGAAAGGGGAAUUUGAUGAGGACGGCUCAUUUAUUGGAGAAUAUUCUGGACCCAGGUCCAGGGAUUCUGUCAGUGAGCCCAGCGGGCCCAGCGCUGUCGCGGAAUAAAGCCAGGAUGCACUUCAAACAGCCUUCAUCAGUUCCUGUGACUACUACUGCUUUAAAGCUGUUCCGAUUGACCAAACGUGGUUGGAUAAAAUACACUCUGGUUAUUACCAUUUUAUUGUUGGGGAACGUUUGUCAAUUAUUUUUUAUAGGGAGUACAUUUUUGUCAUUAACAUCAAUGUGAUGUCACCUGUGACCCUGUACAUACUGUAAAAGAAUUACCUAUAUUAAAUUAGAGUUGUUUAAUUUUGACAUUGACAAUAAUUUGCUUUUAUACCUUCCAGCCAAUAUAUUAAGCACUUUUUUGCAGCUCUAUAGUGUCUUAGAAAAAGAAGGAUAAAAAAAAAAAGUUUUCAACAAAAUAAAUAAAAGCCUAAAGAAUAUAUAAUGUUUUCCUUUUUCCACACACUUCUAUGUACACAGAUGUUUUUGUAUGGCUACAAAAACUCUUCUUUCUUGGUUAAUUUCUUUGUUCUUUGUCCUUUCUAUAAAUGUGUAAAUACUGAACAUAUGCAAUUUUCUACUUUUUUUUAUGUUGUUCGGUCCCUUUUUCUAAGUUGGAUUUUUUUAACAAACAGGACACUACAGAAAUGUAAAAAAAUGUGCACUCAAAAAUAAAGUUAUGUCUAUAAGUCUCCAGAA